AUGGACAGCAAAGGAAGGACAAGCGGCUCUUACCUGGACGAUGACUCCAUCCACGAGGACAACCCUCUCAUGUCCCAGAACACAGGAGCCAAAAGACCAGUAACAAGAAGAUGGCUCAAUGGAAGAACAAUCUUCACGACCCUCAACUUGGCUCUGUUCUUGACAGGUAUCUCUGUUUGGUCCCAGGUUGCGAUGCUUGUCAAAACGAAGAAUCUCAGCUGCAAAGCAAUAGCCAAUUCGGCUGGAGAGGCGGAUUUGGCAUACGACAGUAGAGUUGUCUUUCAACCAAAUUGGCCGCUCGUCGAUCCGCCGACCAAUGAAACGAACGAGUUGUGGAAUCGUUUGUCUCCUCCUGGCGAAGGUGUCAUCGAGCUUCCGAACGAAGCCACUGUAGGGCUUCCUCCAUCCAAGCCGUCUACGAAGAGGCCUCUGACACAUACCGUAUACGGCGUCUCAGUCUUCCACCAACUGCAUUGCGUCAACUUACUGCGUCUCAACAUGUAUCCCGAAGAGUUCUCGUGGACACUCACCGACAAGACUCCAGAAGAGAUUCGCAUGCAUCGAGAUCACUGCAUCGAUUACCUCCGUCAAGCCAUCAUGUGCAACGCCGAUGUGACCUUUGAGCCAUGGACGAAGCACGGCAUCAACGGCAUGGAUGCCAUACAUCAAUGCCGUGACUACAACAAGAUCUUCACCUGGGCCUAUGAGCAGCGCAUGGAUAAAGAGAAGGAUGUCAUCGAUCCGCUUUGA